UUUUCGAAAGUGACAUUGUUGAUGAUAACAACACUUCCUGUCGAUACUUGCAGGAUGUUUAAACCAAUACAAAAUGAAUGUUACUUUAUACUUGAGGUGAACUACAACAAUUAAUAAUGACAUCAGCAGCGAGACCCAGGCAAAAAGACAGGCAUUAUGAUAGACUGGUUGAGGGGAGUAGCAAGUUACAGCGAGAUAUUGCAGAGCUGGAGACGGCCUACCUGCUACACACACACUAUGCAGCUGACCCAGCCACUAGCAGGAAAGGAAAUGAAAGUUCAAGAUGGAAGCAUGGUGGAGCGGGCAAGCUCACAACCUACAAAUCCAGUCGGGAUCUUGUUGAUAAAGACAAAACACAACAAAAUGGACAUAACAGAGGGCCAGUACCAAAUGAUGAUGCCCAUGUAGGUACAAAUUUAGAACUCAUAGGUAGUGAUGUGAAUCAGGACAGACUGACAGACCUGAAAACAAAGGUUUUGAAGAAAGCAAGUUCAAAGGUGAUCAGAAGGGAGUCAUGGGCAGGAGAAAUAAAGAAUAGAACAGAACACAAUGACAGGAAGGAAGAUGUUCCUCUUGUAACAAAAGUUGUUGACGCACCACGUCGGCCUACAAGUGAAGAACCAGCUGACAGUGCAAAAAGAAAAAUAUCCGUAAAAAAGGACAGGAAUGAUCUAGCAAACAGAGUGAAAAAUGAGACAAUUAAACUUGAUAGUGUUAGAGAAGGUAAAAGUGUCAACAGGGUCAGGUCUGGAUCAAAUCAUAAAACUGAUGUACACAGAAAAUCUAGAAUGGAUGAAUUUGAUUCAAGUAGGAAUUUAAAGUGUGCAAAUUCUAAUGUUGCAUUGAAAAGUAAUGAGGGUAAUUACGCAUCUAAAAAAGGUGACCAAAUAGUUGAUAAACAGAAGGCUCAGUCGAAAAACUUGACAGGCAAAGUAAGUCCAAAUACGAUGUGUGUGACAUACACUCCAAGAGAGUUAUCAGAAGGUAUAAGAGAAGUGGACUCUGAACAAAGAAAUCCUAAUGCUGGUGUAUUUGAAACUCAGCUUAAGGAGCCAAGUGAGAUAUACAUUGAUCCUAAAAGUGGUCAAGUUAAAAUAGGAUCAGGAAGUAAAUAUAAUGGUAGAUCAUUAGACUUAGAGGGAACACGGGUUUUAAUAGAGAGAGUAAGUCUUGAUAAAAGUGUGAAUGGACAAAAACUAUCUUGUGCUGUUAUUGAUUCAAACCAUGAUACUAGUUCUAACAUUCCUAUCAGAGAUGUGUUUGGAUUUUCUGAUUUUAAUGGCCAUUGUGAUACAAAUAAUGGUAUAAAAGACCGCUUUUAUAGUAAUAAUAGUCCCUUUGCAUCAGCCAAACAGUGUAACACGGAAGUAGAAUUCUGGCUGCGAGGUCUUGGAGUUCCUGAUGUGGAAAAAUAUGUGCAGAUAUUUGCAGAAAAUGGGUUAGAUUUGUUGGACUUGGAGUUCAUGUCAGCCUCCCAGCUUCACGAAAUGGGCAUUACAGCAUUUGGUGUCCUAGACAGGAUCCUGAAAGGUAUAAAAGAUUUGAAGACACAACCUGCUCAAGUGUCAGAACAACGUGCAGAAAGAAAAAAACAUUUGAAUGUUGACUCCGUCAAGUGGGAAAGUACAGAUGACAGUGUAGAAAUUAGAAAUUCUAUUACAAAAAAUAAAAAAUCCAGUGCCAGUAAAGCUUGUAGUGAUAAUUCUUGCCAUAAAAACCAAACUUUUGUAAAAAGAAGUGCAGAAAACUUAAAGACUGAUCUAGGCAAUGAGCCUGUAAGAAGCAGUAGUAGAAUGUCGAAUGUUUCUAGUAGUGUGGAAAUCAGUGUACAGAGAAGGGUGAGCACUCCUAGCCUCAUCCAAAGCCAGCUUUCCAGCCAGGAUAGCAUGGGAAAUGUGAGGGCCAGUACUCCAUCAUUUGCGGCUAGUACUCGGUCCAGUAGUGCCAAAUUUAUAGAAAAAAAACCUCCUUCAGCUAAAGCUGCCUCUAAACCAGGACAGAAUGUAAAUAAACCUACAAGUCAAGUUAACAAACCAAGCAAUCAAGGAGGACUAAAAAGAAGCAAUUCCUUUGCCUCAGAGCGAUCUUCAAGGGUUAACCUUGAGUCAAAACCAAGUCGAGGGGUUUUGCUGCGUCCACGCAGUGCAUCACUGACCAGAGAACCAGCCAAGGUGAACAAGGAGACUAUCGUGAAGAAGACUGAGGGGAAGAAAGAAGUAAGAACUAUAAGAGCCAGGAGCCGCUCUGCUGAUGCUGUCAAGAGAAAAGCUUUAGAAGGUGUGCAGGCAGCUGCAAAGCGGUAUGAGGAGAAAAGUGUGCGCAGUCAGGCUCAGGGUGAGCCACUUGCCCCCCAGGGUGAUCGGCUGAAACAGCGCCGUGACAAGAUGGCUGCCAGGCACCUCCAGAGGGAACGGGAAAAGGAUCAGUCUGUUGGGGAAGGGGAGAGUGAGGGAGAGGAGACCCCAAGGUCCGAGGUCAUCCACAGUCACCGUGACGAUGGGCUUGAGAGUCUGGUCACAGUUAACAUCAUGUCCAAUCCGGACAACUCAGUGUGCAGUGAAUCUAGGGCUUUACCAACAGUCAUUUAUGUUUUACCACCAAUAAAUCCACGUGGAGGCUCGCUUGUGUCAGCCCAGAACCGGACCCAGGUGCUGGCUCCGCGGACCGAGGUCCGCAGGUCCCACAGACGCGAGACCAGGAAAUCUCUCGGGUCAGACAUGCAGGCAAACAUAGAGCGCCCCUUGCUAUCAACGUACAAGCUGGGAACCAGUGAGCGAGAUCGCAGUCACUCUGAGCCAGAGAGUGGGUACCGGACAGACACCAGUGCUACAUACUCACAGAUUGAAGACAGGGUCUCAUCAAUACAGGCUAAGAUAAAACAACUGAAGGCUCGAGCAGGGAGUGGUGACGAGAUGACGCUGACGCUGGUGCGUGGGUUACAGGAGCAACUCCAGCACUUUGAGAGACAGCUGAUAGAGAGAGAUAGGCGGCGCCCAGGUUCCAGGUCCGACAAUGAGAAUGAGAGAGUAAUGUCUGCUAGAUCCAGCCAUGCAUCUGCUAGAUCACAAAACUCUGCUUUGAGAAGCCUCCUGGAUGAAUACCUUCAAUCUCCUGACAGAUCCCCUCCCCAAGAUGCAAGCCGGGAGCUGUACGGUGGUGGGGAGUAUGGGCAGGAUGUGGUGGGAUUGAGCCACACCGAGGGGGGAGGAGUGAGGCAGAGUCGCCGGGAUCUCAUGGAGGAGAUGAGACGGGAGAAACACCAGCAUCAUAGGCAGAUCAGGCAGCUGGAGACUGAGUUAGAGAGGAUUAGACAGACGGACCCACUGACCAGCCUGGAGGUGGACAGUAAUGACAUCUCAUACAGGGAGGAAGACAAGCUAGGUGAAGGCACAUUUUCACGAGUGUAUAAAGGAGAGUACCAGCGUUCGGAGGUUGCUAUCAAGCAGCUCAAGUCAGCACUUAAAGCACAUGACAGGAACUACUUUGCAGCGGAGGUGAGCCUGAUGAAGGAGGUUCGCCACCCUCGGGUGGUGAUGCUCAUGGGUGUGUGUACAUCUGGCAAGCUCCCCAUGAUGGUGCUUGAACUCAUGUCAGGGGGAAGUUUGUACAACUAUCUACAUAACCCUGAAUGUGAGUCCCUGGACCAUGCCCUGUUCUACCAGAUAGCAAAGGACAUGGCAUCUGGCGUGAACUACCUGCACUCUCACCGUCCCGAGGUGCUGCAUUUAGACCUCAAGUCUGGAAACGUUCUCCUAUGUCAGGGCCUCAGGGCAAAAAUUGCAGAUUUUGGAUUUUCCAAACUCAGGCAUGAUGCGGGCAUGAAGUCUGGUAGGCGUGGUAAGAGUCGUCCAACAGGUGGCACACCCGUGUGGAUGUCCCCAGAGCUCAUUGACAAGGGCCGCUUGAGCUGUAAGGCUGAUGUGUACAGCUUCGCGAUCAUUCUCUGGGAGAUGCUUACUAGGAAAACACCGUACGAGGGAGCCAGUGUCUUCCAGGUGCUCGAGAUGGUUAGAAAGAACAAGCGGCCAGUCAUUCCUGAAGCCACACCAGAGGGUCUACAACAUCUUAUCUCCCUCUGUUGGGACCCAAACCCAGCCAAGAGGCCACAAUUUAAGGAGAUACUGCAGAUUCUGGAGAACCUUGCAUUUCCGCCGGCAUGGAGGAAACUGUUCCAGGAAGCAGGGGUGCCAGACUCUGCCCUUCAGGACAUUCAGUCAACCCGCACCAUUAUAAGGCUGGUCACUGGGACACUGGACAAGCCUAGUGCUGCAGUCUUUAAUAGUUUCAUGGUCGGACAGAAUGCUGAUGAUCGCCAGUUAAAUCACAGCAAGGAGGGUCACAAAAAACAAUCAAGUGGGAGAAGUGAAUCACAUAGUGCGUCUGCAAGGAGUAAGGGCGCAAGUAGAGGUGGGGAGACUUCAGACAGUGACACUGUCACCUCAGUCAGUCAGCAACUGUCCUCGGAUGAAUCUGAAUUCACUCUGAAGUCUGAAUUCACCCUGAAAAACCUAAGAGAAUCCAGUAGCGAGGAGAGAGAGAGCUCUGACAGUUCAGACUCCUCAUAUGAGGACAGUGUAAUAUUAAACUCUGCCUACCGAACAAACCAACCAAAACAAACUUUGAAUGUUGUCAUUCCAAACCUAGAGCUAUCUCUUCAAUCUGCUAGGGAAAAGUUCAAAGCAGAAAGACAUCGAAUCAGUCAAGAGUCAGACUGGACCUCCAUCAGUUUGGAUUCAAAGUCAUAUAGAAGUAACCAAUCUAGUCAGAAUUUUACUAAUAAAGAGAUUAGUAACACUAACAUGGAUACACAGAUCAGGCUGUCUUCUGCAGUGAGCACCAGGAGUAGCGUGAGUGAAGCGCCAUCAGGGGAAGAUCUAGAAAUAGCUCAGGUGAAUGAAUCUGCCAGAAGCCGACGGAGAGAGAAAGUUAAGGACCUCACCUUGUACUCAGAGGAUUAUCUACGUAGGGAGUCAUUUGAUAACAGAAGACCUCCAUCCCCACACAAGAAACUAUCACUGUCACAAAAACUGAUGGAAAGCUCAUCUGGCAGACCAGCCAUUGUGCAGGGAGCGGUAAAGAGUGAAGACCUCAGUAAAUCUACUGUUAGGCCAAGACUAAGUUCUGUUUCACAGUCAUGUGUUGAACCAAAAACUAAUCCAGCAACACCAAAAACUAAAGACACAAAUACAGCAUUUGUAAGGAAGAGUACUGAACUUGACCUUGCUCAAUCUUUCACCAAAGUCUCCUUAGGUGCUAAAAGAAGCUCGAUUGCAGAUGAUACCAUGAGGGUUGAAGAUCUUGAAAAUGACCAGGCUGGCAAGUUGUCUGGAAGAGUGAGCUCUAGAUCCAACACAUCAAGAAAAGAAAGUGAAAGGGCCAUUCUACAGCUGGAAAAAGAUAGUACCCAUGGUAAACCAUUUGUAGUAGAUAGUAACAUUUCCUCCAGACAGAAGUUGACCGAGUGUGACAUUGCUAAGGCAGAAGAGGACCAUAAAGCAUACAGAGAAAGUAUGGAGAGCAAAGCUCAACCAAAGAGAACAGCAGUAAGUAGGAAGUCAGUAUCUCCUCGUAAAAGAAAUUCUUACUUGAAAACAGACAAUGAUUCAUUCAAGAGGGAAAGCAUUGAUCUUCAAAAGAGAAUAAAUGAAGAAACAAGCAGGUUAAGAGACAAAACAUCUGUUUCAAAAGACAAGUAUGAAGUACAUGAAAACCUUAAAGAAGAGGCUGCUACUGAGAUUGAGCCCGACAAUAUUAGAGUAGUAUUGAGAAACAUGGAGAAACCCAGUGAUGUUUUAUCCAAUAAUGAAAACAAUGACAAAUAUCAGUUAGAAAAUGCUAUUGAGGUCAACAAAGGGUCUGAGAAAAACAAAAAGAGAGAUAAUUUGAAUGAAGAUAUAAGAGUGAAGUUGUCAAUGGAAGAAGUUGAAAUGAAAAAGAAGCCAUCAAUAACACCAAGAAGAAGUAAAUUUGUAUCAAAAGUUGAAAGUAGAGCUGUUGAUAAUGUUUUGCAAAAGUCUGAAAACAAAAGAGAUUCAAUUGAAACUACAACUCUGAAUUCAGCAGAUAAAGGAGAACAAAGCCAUGAAAAUAUGGAAACCAUACAUGCCCACACUUCAGCUUCUACUAAACAGAAGAGUAACAAUUGUGAUACUCCAAAAUCUAUCAGCAAGGAGAAUAUGGAUCAACAACAGAAACCAAAUAAAAGGACUGAAUCCUUUCCUAGUCCAAAGAAAGCCACAAUAAGAGUAAAGCUUAGAAAAGAUCCGCUUGCCCAAACAAAUGAGACAAUGCCAGCUGAGAGCAAGAGUUUACAGUCUUCACACCUGGUUGCCUCCCCAGUUCCUCCUCCCCCGCCUCCACCCCCACCCAUUAGGGAGAGUGCCUCGGGGCCGAUAGCUAUUGUGUCCAAGAGUGUCCAGGCCCCCAGGAGCAGCAUGGCUGAUGAGCUGAAGUCACGGUUAGCCAGCAGGGAAAGCAUCUCUGAGGGUGUUAUUUUAGAUCUAUUGGACAAAAACAAAACACAUGGUUGA